AUGACGGGGGCCCAACCCGUCAGGGAGCGCGUCAGUGACGGGUUGCAAGUACGUAUGGAAAGAAAAGAAACUUUGGCGAAGAAGAACAUAAUGGCUGCUUCGGAGGAGGAGGCUAUGGCGGCCAUGGUGGAAGGUGAUGAGCUUGCCGGGGACGGAAUCGUGUGGGAGGAGCUCCCGGCACCUCCGGGGUGGAAGAAAAAGGUGGCUCAGCGCCGAGGAGGCACUCCUCGCCGAGGAGACAUCACGUUCGUUGCUCCGGAUGGAGAGGAGAUUAAGAGCAAACGGCAGCUGGAGCGUUAUCUCAAAGCUAACUCGGGAGGGCCACCCGUAGCGGAUUUUGACUGGGGUACAGGCGAGACUCCGAGGAGAUCCGAGAGGCUGAGCUCGAGGAAGCGGCCCUCGGACAGCUGGGCCGAGGCGGAGCCGACCACUCCACGGCGCGGGAGGAAGAAGAAGGCCGUGGCAGCGAUAAAGUCUCCAGACGACGAAGAAGGCGGUGUCAAGGACUCGGACAAGGCGGACGAGAACGGCAAAGAAGAGCAAGACGGUGGAGCUAAAGCCGAGGCCAAAACAACUCAAGACGAAGCAACAGGGGAAGAAACUGCAGCAGCGGCGGAAGAUCCGGCAAAAGAAGAUCAAAGUGGCGACCAAGCAAAGAAGGGAGCGGCGAAAGCUUCUUCCACUGCCCCGGUGAUAAGCUGUGCGAAGACCGAGACAAUGGCAAAGUCGCAAGAAGCACAGCCAGCGCAAAUAGGUGUGAGCAGCUGA